AUGGAGACGUGGCAUCUGUUUGGGCUUUUGGUUAUUUUUGGAUUAGCGCAGGGCGCGUCUAUUGAAUUAAACACGCCUGCCUACAUCGAGAGCCUUCGUGAAGAUUUUGAAGGUUCCCAAGGUCGCAUAGUGGCAGGAUGGGAAGCUGAAGAUGGCCAGAUCCCUUACCAGAUCAGUCUGCGAAUGGUUAACAACGUCGGUCGUGUAUCUUCUUGCGGAGGCUCUAUUAUCCACCACAACUGGGUCAUUACCGCUGCUCACUGCCUGGCUAACCGCAUCACGUUCGUGGUCCGUUUCGGUCUGAUCAACCUAACGAAGCCAGAGUAUAUGGUGGAGAGCAUAAGGCCGUUCCUCCACCCGCAGUACAAUGAGCAGAUCCAGCGAGUGCAGACUCAUGACAUCGCCCUGUUGGGCAUCAAUCAGCCCAUACCUUACGGCCCAAACAUCCAGCCAGCACGUCUGCAAAAUAGUGAACAGAAGAACCUCGUAUACGAAGGUGUGAGACUUACCGUCAGUGGAUACGGCCUCACAGACGACAGGAUCAAUGGAGGUUCAGCUUCGGAGGUGCUACGUUGGGUGUACUUGUUGGGUAUUACGACCGCCGAGUGCCGUGCUUGGUAUCCAGGAAGUAGCGUAAUCGCUGAUCAGACACUCUGCGCUAAGUCGUAUAACGAUACAGCUCAGUCCUCAUGUCAGGGUGACAGUGGCGGUCCUUUAACCAAUAUUGACACAGACGGAAAGCCUACUAUGGUUGGUAUUGUGAGCUUUGGCUCUUCUGCAGGAUGUAACUCACCUUUCCCUUCAGCAUAUGUUCGCCCUGGUCACUACCACGAUUGGAUAAAAGAAGUCACUGGUAUCGACUUUGAUUGGAAAAAUUCUGAUAACACAUUCAAAGACGGAGUAUACAACAGUUAUUAA